ACAUUUACAGAUUCCUGUAAAUCUAACCUAAAAAAAUUUUAAUUUUCACAUUAAUAAAAAUGAAUUGGAUUACAAGAUUUAGUCGUUUAACGAUUUCAAAUCAACCCUUUCUAAUUAAAAAUCAGAUUAACCAAAGAUAUUUUUCGUUAUUUCCCCGAUUACAGCUCAAAGAAGUUUUUGAGGAAGAAAAAGGUAACGAAACGAUAAUAUCAGCUAAAUACGUUGAUUCACCACGAGAAAAAUACUUGCUAAAGCCCGAACAUUCUGGAGCAUGUGCUUUAUGUAGCAGUGGGUUGGAUGUAAAACAUACUGAUGUGCUUAUUUUAAGUCAAUUUGUCAGGUCGGAUGGGUGUAUGUUACCCAGAAGAGUCACUGGGUUAUGUAGGAAACAGCAAAGAAAGAUUUCUGCGUUAGUUACGAUGGCUCAAAAAUCAGGUUUAAUGCCUAAUUUAGCUCCAAGUUACAGCAAGAAAGAUCCAACUAAGAGAUUUGGUUGGAAAAAGUAUAAUAAAUAUUUUGAUGAGAGUACAAUUAAAACUUAAGAUUAUUUAUUUUUUUGUUAAAUUUUCUGUAAAUCCACUCAAAUAAAAACACAAUAAAACUUAUUAAAUAUCCAGUGAGAAGAAGAAAAAAUGGAGCAGAAAAGCUUUUCCAUGAUAAACCACUAGCAGUAGAAGAAUCAAUCAUAAAAGAAUUACUUUUUGUUAUUGAUUUUCCAAUUAAUGAUCUAUACCUAAAAAAAGUUAAUUAAUAAAACACAUAAAACAAA